CAUUUCCGAUUUGUUGCACAAGUAAAAGAAGAAAAUGAAAUUGUUGCUCUUGACUUUCUAUGCUACUUCUGUCCUGCAUACCCAAAAAACAGAAUGGCAUGCAGUUGCUUCAUGGACAUGGGAUGCUCAAGACGAAACAUGUGGGAUAUGUCGGAUGGCUUUUGAUGGUUGUUGUCCUGAUUGCAAACUUCCUGGAGAUGAUUGCCCUCUAAUUUGGGGAGCUUGCAAUCACGCGUUUCAUCUUCACUGUAUAUUGAAAUGGGUGAAUUCACAGACGAGUCAAGCUCAUUGCCCAAUGUGCAGAAGAGAAUGGCAGUUCAAAGAGUAAGCAAGUUAUGAGGAGGAUUAGUCUGAAGCUCUCAUCAUGGAGGAUGUUCUGGAAUGAUCUCUUGGAGUUGAUUUGGACCAUUAGUGUUGAGUUUUGAUCGUCUGCUGAAAGGCAAGAGAGAGCUUUAGGAAUGUUUUUGAAGCUUUUCCUUAGUUUGAUUGCUUGGACAAAUCAUAGAUCAUGCAAUUUUAUGUGAGCU